GCAUGUGUGGCAGUAAUGAUUAUGGCCGGCACUUGGUGUCGUGGUGUUUUAGUGCCAUGGGCGUGUAAAGCAAGAGUUGCCGCAGUCUUUAAACGGUGCCAAGUGCCUCACGAGUGUUGCUCUUGAUUCUGAACUAGUCAUAGUGAUCUAAAGCCAGCCUAUUGCCAACUACCUUCUAAAACUGGCUUUUUAAGUCUGGUAUACUCCAGUAUUGUCCCCUCUCAGGCUCUAACUUGACACUGGUGACCUUGUGAAAUUGAUGUCUUAUCUCAGAAAGUCUUGAAGUCACGCUAAUGACUAGUUGAAGCAGAGCUUUGAGUGACUCCGAAGCCACGUCAGAGAUAAAGAUGGGGCUCCUGAGCUCAGCAGGGCUUCUCAGCACGUCAGCCUCAGGAAGAGUUGGACUAGGGUCUCCAUAUAUACCCUAUUUCCUCCUCCUGGUGGUGGUGCUGCUGCUGCCCGUCGGCGGCGUGGAAGGACAAACCGUCCCAGAGGUCCAGUGUGGGAGAGACAGCGAUUGUCAGGGGACGAUGUGGACGACGCCCCUGCCGGAGUGCGUGUCGAAUCGUUGUCGUUGUCCAGAGGGUACCUGUGUCGUCUUCUCUCUGACCAGCAGCGGCGACAACGCCUAUUACUGCGGCGAAUGUGGAACACUGGGGUCGCAGUGCAAUAAUACGAUGGUGUGCGAACAGCGCUGGGAGUGUUCCGGUGACUUCUGCAAGUGUAGCGACGGAUACGUCUACUGGGAGCUAUGCGUGGUAUACGAGGCGGUCCCCACCUCCGUCAGCAGCUUUGUCCUCAUUAUCAUUCUGGCCGCCCUUCUCAUCCUCCAGAGGCUUAUUCAUUCAAGGAAGGCCAUCAAGAAGUGCUUGUGUCGGAGCUCACGCGAUUCGGAGGCAGAGGAAACAAGGGCGGUGGGGUACAACCUGGAGAGCAACAACAAGACUGCAGCCUUCACCAUCGCUAACUCUGACUUCUUGGCUACCUCUGACGACCCGGACCUGGAGUGGGGUCUGGAGCUGUCUCGCGCACUGUCAUCCCGUGGGGAGGACUGGUAUGCCAUGUCGGGAUCCACCUGGUCCUCUUUGCCGUCCUCCACCGGCAGUCUUCCCCACACCCACUCAUCCGACUCUCGCACAGACUCGGCACAACCUGGAACCUCAGGACUGCGACCGAGGUUGGCAUCGUCAGGAAACAGGUCGGCCACACCUUCGCGGACUCGCCACCGCUGCUCCACACGCACAUCCAUAUCUUCUACCUCCUCCACAGCCUCUGUGGCUCGUCCCUACGCAUCCAGCUCUUCCUCUCGUGUCCGGUCGUGCACCUCCUCCAUCGCCUCUCGGUGCAGUGGAACCAGCUUCAACAGAUCGUCUCCUUCGCUAACAUCGAACUUGUCAUCGGCGUUACCUUCGUCAGCGUAUAGCCACGACCAUGAGGAUGACCUCACAGGGUCCAGACUCUGACAAACAACUGGCAAAAAUUUACCACUCUUUCAUAAUAUUUAAAGGGGGUCAAACUAAAAGGAAGUUUGAUGCCAAACUUCCACUUAAUCCACUUGGAUUGAUGCCAAACUUGGACAGAGUGCAAUAACUUUCAGCUGAAAUGCUUUGUCUAUCAAUGAGACUAUGAGAUCUUGCUGAAGAUGAAGUUAUAUUCACUAGCAUGUGCAGAAGAGUCAUCAGUUCAUGGAUGAAGAGACUCAUGUUCAUCAACACGUGCUAAGAGAGCAUUGUCAAAAAGCCUCUUGUAGCAAAGCUUCUUUUCACCAACCUGAGAGUCAUGUAAGGGAUACCUGCACAAUUUAGUUCUAGUAUACUAGUAGCUUAUCAUAUAUGAUUCCUAUUACGAAGAUUUAAGACAUUUUAUAUUAAUCACCUUUCCUUUGUUGACUGUGUUAAAAUUAUUGGAUCCAAGAACCGUUUUAAGGAUACCAUGGUGGCUUUUAGUGACCAAAUUUCAUUGAUUAUGACAGUCGAGAUAAGGCAAUGAAAUCAGAGAGGAGCCAGCACUUCUCUCAUGAACCUAAAAUUUGCUGACUUUAUAAUUUAUAAAAUAAACUGGUUUAUAACUAAAGUAAUUCGUUCUAACCCCAGCAGUCUUCAGAGGCUUCAUUUCGGAGGAAGACUUUUUCAGUGUGUAAAAGGAGUUGCAUGCUUUAGAAUAGACUCAAACACUUGAAGAAAACUUUGUAGUAAUAAAAUUCCUCUUGUUGCUGUGUAUUCCCUAGGUAAGAGAAAGCAAGAAGAAUUACACUGAUGUGAAGCCUCAUAUCGUGGUAGUGCAUCUAUCGUGUGGUAGUGCUGUUGUUUGCGACGCGAGAACUGUGUUCUUGAGGAAGGUAAUAGAUGCAUUGUAAAGAGGAACCAAGAAUCACUAAUACAAUGAGGUAAAUGUGGUGUCAGGAUUAGAUUUUAUUUGUAUCUUCAAAUGAGAAUUAAAGAACAACCUGGCCAUGUUUAUCAGCCACUGAGUGCAAGACAAGAUAUAUGUUUUAAAGUUAUUAGUAAAUAAAUUUGCCUUUUUCUCCAUAUGACAAUUCUUAGGCUAAUAUAUUGUUGAUGUUUAGUAUUUGUCUUGGCAGAUUUUCACAUGUAAUUUUGAGCCCGGGUGUUGACUGUUAUGUAAACACUAGUCAUAUAUGUAUGGGUCCUCAGUGGUGUAUUGACACCGUCAACAUCAUACUAUUUGCCUAGCCAGAGAGUGUGUAGUUAACUAUUCCUCAAGUGAUGCGGUAAAGAUUAUCAUGAUUGGAAUCACGAUGUCCCUAGCCUAAUAUUCAAAUUUCUUGACUAGUAUAUAUUCUGUUUUGUUCAAUAUUUUAUGGAUUUAUUGUUAAAGCUUUGUUUGCAUGGUACACAGGUGAGUGGGACAUAAGACCUAGCUGCGGCAUCAAUAAUAGUUACGUGUACACUGCCUCACUGGGUGCGCUAAGAUUCUCUCACAUUACAUUAUUCCCAGUCACAUGAAGUAGGACAGUUAGUGAUCUAGGAAUGUGUUAGCAUGUGUUUAAUUUUAUAUAAUACUUUGAAAUGUAAUUUUGUGUGUUGAUAUGCCCUCUCCCUCUCGAGUUGUGAGGGUGUUGGACCGAACACCCUCGCAAGUACAAUUAUGUGAGUAAUUGUUGAGCCCGUAAUGGACUUCUCAUUGUAGCGUUAACGACCCAUACUAUCAGGUUCCUUUCACACAUUGAUGAUUACUAAUAUAAAAAGAGUAUGCGGAUAGGACUGAAGUUUGAGUUUUCCUGCACUGUUCUGAGUGCAGGCAAUAUUUUUCUUAUAUAUGGUAAUUUAUUAUCUAAAGAUCACUUAUAACAAAUUUUCUAAAAAUUCAUAAAACUACAAAAUAAUUGGACAUUUUCUGACAACAGGACGAGUAGAAUUUUCCGUUCCCAGCAUGCAAUAUACAAAGUCAUCUUCACGCAAUGUUUAAAUAUAUUACAUGCACAUCCGAUACAGCAUUGACGUAUAUCAAUGACUGGGCUAAUACGACUCAAACCCAACUUGCAGGUCAAUACCUUGCCACUGAAUUUUUAAGACAAAGAAAGUGGAAUUAUAUAAUGUGUCAAAUGUGGCCCAAUUUCUUGGUUGACUGGAGAUAUUUAGCCAAUGAUGUGGCUAUUUGAUAUUAUAUAUCUAAUGGGAGGUCUCAUUCCCCUAAUAUACGCUUUAUGUUGAAAGCGUAUAUUGUUGAUAUACCGCCAGUACAAACUGUCUUCGGAAAAAAUCCGCUCACGGUAAUGGAGUCUGAAUGAAUACAUAAUUAGUGCUAUUAUCUACUCUCUACCCAUAGUUAGGUUAAGGUUACGUUAAUACAGUGUAAUGUUCGCCAAAAUGUGAAAUAUGGAAUUCGAAUAUAUUUUACAAAUCCAUA